GACGCGGAUUCCAAAGUGCAAGAUCCCCGACUGGCGUCCACGUCUCACCCAGAGCCUCAGAUUCACGAACCUUCAUGUUCUACGGAGUCCGCAGAGGAAAUAGUACAGCCACCACAGUUACUACCGCCUGCUACAGAAGAAUCGGAACAAUUGUCUGCUGCCCCUGUCCUUCAAGUAAGAUUCCAAGAAGAUCUCAUUAGUGAGGUAAGUUCUUCUUUGGCAGUGUGCGAAUGAGAUUACUGAUUUCAAAGGGGCGGGACGUUUGCGUCACUUGCUUUGUAAUUGUUGUCAUAAUCCACUGAUCUUUAGAACAAAUCAGAGAAGGAGGGAGAGGGGUCGUUGUUGCUUGAUGUAUUGGGCAUAAUGUUGGUUCUCACACUAAUUUGCAUAGACUUUGAAUAAAAUCGGAAUUCGUUAAAACUAGUUGUUAUACUGACAGUCACUAUAUGGUUGAGUCAUAAAAUUGUCUCCUCUCAAAGAAUGCCUGUCUCCGAGUAUGCUUUGCAGUCGUGGUUUUCAAUGUUGCUCACUCUUAUUUAUCGAACUUCAUUUGAAGCAUAUAGCGCGAAAUUUGAUAAAAUAUAAUCACCAAUAACUCGUAACAAUUACUAUUCAAAGCUCAUUCUACUCCUGUUAUUAAUCUUAGAAAGGCUUGAGCAGAUUCGUAUAGCGUUCAUAAACAAAGCCAACAGGCGCAAAGCAUACCGGCCAACAGGAAUUCUUUAAUGUAAAACUUGUGCACGCUGACUAUACGGUAAUAAUGCCAAACUGAUGGAAUAAUUAGAUAUUUCCUAGAUACAGCUUUUUUCUCUUCCAGCAUAGCGAUCGCGACUCAGACCCCAGCGACCGCCAUUUAAACGCUUUGUCGCGGACGUCGUCUGGAUCCCAAGAGUCUCUUGGCGCAGUAGAGACGUCGGCAGAAUGGCAGCCCACCCCUCAAAUACAGCACCGCCUUUACUACCUUAA